CAGAGAAUGGUCGGGGUCACAGGCCAGGUUCAGCAGGUAGCAAUCAGCGUAGUACAGAGGGUCAGGCAGAGGGAUGGUCAGGGUCACAAGCCAGGGAUCAAAACAGGUAACAAGCAGCGUAGUACAGAGGGUCAGGCAGAGGGACAGAAACAGGCAGGAGCAGGCGGGAGAGUGGUCAGGACUAGCCGAGGUCAGUACAGGCAGAGUUCAAGCAGAGUCAGGACAGAAGUAACAGGAUCAGGAAACCAGGGCCAAGCGAACAGUACAACAAGCCACUGACUGCAGGUCUGGCCAU